AUGAUGAUUGGAUUGUUCUUCACAAGUGAGAGACUUGGUGGUUUCGUCAAAGAGCUAAUAGAUAUAGCCCUUGUGCUAAACUCUCUUCAUAGGGAUUAUGAGAGAUUUAAGAUGCACUAUCUCUUUAAUCAGAAAGAGAACACAUUUAGUGAACUUAUGGAAAUGCUUGAGAAAUUCGAGAAAUUCCUAAAGUUCAAACAAGACCCAUUGAAUGUGAAGUGCACAAAGUUCAAGAAAAUAAGCAAGGGGAAGAAAAGCAAGGCUGCAUCUUCAUCCACUCUAGGAGGGCAAGAGGCGCCUUCUAAGAGAAAGAUGAAGGAAAACACUUAUCCUUCUACGGCGCAAUGCUUCUGUUGUAGUGAAAUUGCUCAUUACAAAAGAAAUUGCCCUAAGAUAAAGGAAGAUGAGAAGGACGGAAACGUUGCUUCUCCUUCAGAUUUGAGGUUAUUCCGCUAUCAUGUUAUGUAUUUAACUGUAAAUCCCUACAGUUGCAUAGACCUCUUGGGUAAGCACAAUCAUGGCCAACCUUAA